CUCGUAGGAAUGUGAUAGACGUCGCAGCCUCAGGCAGCCAAACUCAGGAACCGAGUGCACAAAGAGAAUAAUUCACCAUCCUUGUGAGUCAUAAGCAGACCUCAAAGUGCUGCGAAUGCACCGAUAUAAGCACUGCUGACAAAUGUGCAUCUGGUGGGGCCGCAAUGUCUUUAAUCCUCAGUCUUCCCCUCCCCCUCAGCACCACCACACCAAAUUUGACAUAAUAUAGAAUAAUGGACGUCCACGUCGUUUCCAAAUCCAACAACCGCCAGCAUGCAACUUUCCCCCUCUCCACCUCAUCAUCCCAGGAAGAACCACCCCUGAAACCAUCUUCCGUACGCGUGCGCGCAACCCUCCUGGGCCUGUCCUCUAACAACCUCUCCUACGCCCGCAACGGAACCUGGCUUCACUGGUGGGAUACAUACCCCGUCCCACCCACGGCCCCGGCCCCAUCGGCGCAUGCUGUAGAUCUGGAGCUGACGCCCGCUGAGCAAGAGGUGCGGGGCCACUGGAGGGAGGUGUCGGCGCACCGAGGCAAUUUAAUGCCCCUGUAUAAUCGGUACAGGGUGUUUGAGACCGGGGGCAAGGAUCUGUCGGAGUUUGGGUGGGAUGUUACGGUCGGCGCGAUGAUGUUGGCCGGGUAUGUGCUGAGCGAGUAUGUUUUCACGCCGGAUCCUGUGAAUCAUCCGCCGGUGCAUCCGUUUAGCGAGAGGGAGAAGUGGACGGUUGAGGAUGCGGAUUUGUCGAAGACGGUGUUUGUCAGUUUGGCGGCGUCGACGAAGACGGCGCGCACUGCGGCGUAUAACUUCUUCUGCAGGCCGCGGAAUACGGGGCCGUUGGCGUUUUUGCAGGUUACGUCGAAGCCAAAGGAUAUCCUCGAGGCGGCGGAGAAGUUUAUCCCGCAGUUCCCCGUUGGGGCGAUUGCAUAUGAUGAUGUUGGUUCUUCUGGGGAGUGGAUUGCGAAGUUGAAGCCGGAGAGGGUGGUUGUUGCAGACUUUGGGGCGCGGGAUGGAUCGUUGGAUGGGUUCGUCAAGGCUGUUAAGAGCACGCCGGAGUUGCAGUCAACGAAGAUUGUGAUUCUGGCAGUAGGGAGUCAGCAAAUGGUCUACACUCCAGAGGAACUGCAGGCCUCUCGGGAAUCCUUCGUCUCCCUAAACAAAAUUCAAAUGAACACAUCUCCAAUCCAAGAAACCGCAGCAAGGCACCGGGGCUUGGGGCUUUACCAUGAAGAGCUCCAGAAGCGAUGGGAGCACUGGCUCAAGAACCGCGAAUGCGCAGCGCCCGAUCUGAGUCUUGUCUGGGGCGAGGGGAUAGCCGGGUCGGACGGGAUGGAAGGCGGCUGGGAGGCUUUAUGUCAGAGUAAGGUCAGGCCAGGCGAAGCGUUAGUAUACCGGGUUUAGAGGUGCAGGUCGGAUCAUUGUCAUGUACAAAUUUCGGUGUUAGCGUUGCAUUCUGCUUGCAAUGAAUAGUAUCCAUACUUCAUUGUGCCAUUCCCUCUUGACUGGUUCUAUUG